AUGCAAUUUAUGUGGAUGCUCUCAAUAACAACCACAACUCCAAAAGAGGACACCCCCACAGUUGGGUGCAGUAAAUUCGUUUUAAAGGUACACCAUAUUGACAAACAGACAUGGGAGAGGUUUAAUUUCUUAAUAAACCAAGGUGGUAAAUGGGUUGUACCUAAUGGAAUGAACACUGGUAUUACUCUAUAUAAUUCCUUAACAAGGUCUCAAGUCCCUUUAUAUAUUCCAUUAAAUAAUACUUGUCAUUGGUAUAUGUGUGGGCCAACUGUAUAUAAUAUAUCACAUAUCGGUCAUGCGUGUACCUACUUAAGAUGGGACAUUUUAAGAAGAAUACUUACUGACUACUUUAAAAUUAACGUAGUUUCUGCAUUGGGCAUAACUGAUAUUGACGACAAGAUAAUUAGCGUCGCGGAAAAGCUAAACUGCAGUGCUCUUUCUAUUGCAAGGAAAUACGAGAAUUUAUUUUUUAAAGAUAUGACUUCUUUCAAUAUAUUGGAGCCCUUUUCUAUCUUGCGUGUAUCGGAGCAUAUCGAUGAUAUUAUACGUUUUAUUGAGAAACUAAUUCUCAGCGGCAAGGCUUAUCAACUCGAAGGAAGUGUCUACUUUGACACCGAAGUCCACGGUGGAAGGUACGGGAAGUUGUUCCCCGAAGCCCUUCUCUCCGAAUAUCCACCAGGAAAAAAAAAUCUUAAAAAAAACGAAAGAGACUUUGCACUAUGGAAAAGCGGUAACGCUCGAGAGCUUAAGAUUGAAGGUGCGCUAUGGGAUAGCCCUUGGGGCAAAGGACGGCCGGGUUGGCACGUGGAGUGCUCGGCCAUGGCCAGUUCGCUAUUCGGCAAACACUUAGACAUCCACUCUGGGGGAAGGGAUCUUCUUUAUCCUCACCACGAAAACGAGUUGGCCCAAUCGGAGGCAUUUCAUGCCGUUGAUCAAUGGGCUAAUUACUGGCUCCAUUUUGGGCUUGUAAAUUUGCACAAUGAAAAGAUGUCGAAGUCUUCUAAUUGCUUUGUAUCUGUUCAAGAGUUUCUUAAAAGUUAUUUUCCUGACCAUUUGCGAAUGCUUUGUUUGUUGUUUAAAUAUAAUUCAGUAAUAAAUUACUCUGACGAUGCCUUGAAAGAAGCAAUAGUAUUAGUAGAGAGGCUCCAGGCUUUUCUAUGCAGGGCUCAAAAUGUUUCACACCGGCUCGCGAGCAUCAACUUGGCGUGCGGUACGGUCCGCUUUUCCCCACGCGACUUAAAGUUUAAAGAAACCCUUAUGCAAACUAAAUCGUUAGUCCAUGAUUAUCUUAAAAGUGACUUCGAUACUCCAAAAGCUGUGCGCCAGGUGUUUAAAUUAAUAAACGCUGCAAAUAAUUAUUUGCAAGAAGGUCCCAAUUCUACAGAUUUUAGAAUUUCAAUUGCUGCAGCACCCGUCCGGCCUGCUGUGAAUAGCCUCGUUAUAAGCGAGUGUUUUCGCUACGUUAUCUCAUUUUUCAGUAUGCUGGGAUUGCGGACUUUACGCUCUGCUUUUUUUAGCGAGCAGAGUGAAUUAGAAAAACAAUUUCUCUCUUUUCGAAGCGUGGUGAGGUCGAUCUCUCUCGCGGCCCUCAAGAAAAGAGAUCUGGAAAAUGGUGGUUAUAAAGAUUUAUUAAAAGAAUGUGAUCGUCUGCGGGAUGAAGUUUUUUCCAAACUUGGAAUUUUUGUGGAGGAUCCUUCUGUAAAAGUGUUGAACAACUGUUUUAGCGAUCACUUGAAAGAAUCUUGA